AGCCACGCAUCCACACGUUGCGCGUCUCGGUGGCGAGCCAAACCGAGGCGGGGGAAGCCCGGGUUUGCUUUGCACUGUGGUCCAGUCGCGGGUUUCAGUUUGAUUUCGUCUGUCGCGCGGUUAAGACGAUUAUCGGUUGCUGGUAGUGUUGGUCCCAGGGUCUGCUUCUACUUCCCCCAAAACGACACCCGAUCAGCUGAGCGCAGCAGCAGUUGCGUUAUUUUGUUGUUUUUGCGAAGGCGGAUUCCAGGCGAAGAUCGAUGCGAUCGCUUCUCAACGCGGGCGGUAGCUGAAGAAGGAAACCGAAAGUGGUUUACCGACGUGUUUUUUUUUCUGCUCCGUGCCGUGGGCUCGAGGUUCGAGUAGGCGCACAAGUGGCACCCGGCUGGCGCCUUCCUAGGCUGUUCUGAAUUGGAGCUUUGUAGGAUUACCUUUUUUUAAGAUUUUGUGCUGAUUCCUGGAAGAUGUUGGAGAAUUAGUAAAUUGACAGAGAAGACAAACGAUUGCGCGAUAUCGGUGUUUGGAUGGUGGAAACUAAUCGAGUGGUGGUUCUGCUAUCGUGGCCAGAAGUUCGAUCAGCUAUCGACGGAUGGAGAAUUAAUAAUUUACAUACUUAAGUACAGAGCACGUUCGGUGUGUGUGGUGUAGAUUCUGCAGAAGGAAAAAAUAAGAAAAAUAAAAGUGUUUUGCAUCGAGUGCCCAGCAGAGUGGACAAGCUGGUGGUGAACGAUAACUGGACACGGGUCUUGAAAGUGCAUGUCGAUCGGGAUCUGUUGAAGUGCAGCAUAAGAGUGGCUAUAGGUUGCAAAAUUUUUUAAUAAACAGCCUGUACGAUUAUCUCGGUUAAUCUGUGAGCGUUUUUUACGACGGAUUUUUUGCUUAAUUUAUACUUCAUACCUGGUGUUCCUGGAGUCGCCCAAGGGAACAGCGAGUGUCGGCGGCAGAAGAUACACUGGCGAGGAGCGAGAAGAGGCCUAAGUGAAGUAGAGUCGUUAAUAAUUUUAAAGAUCAUUUGUUGGAUUGCAAUCAGUGCGGUGUGCGACUGAGGUUGCUGCCAAGCAGCGAACUGAGCCAAAGAAGUCAAGUGAAGAGAAAAUACAGUGAACAGAUAUUUAUCGAAGAAUUAAAUUAUCGAUUCGAGUGAGGAGUGUAGGGUACAUGGCUACCGAGAUUUUGAUAGCAGUUUGACCGGUCCUUCCGUCCACAAAUAUUCCCACUUACACGGGUUUACCAGCCGAUAGCGCGGAAUCAUUACGAUAUCGAGAACAAAUCAAACCAUGCACACCUCCAUGCAAUCGAUCACGCCACUCACCUUCAAUCAGAUGCCAAUUAUGGAGCUGGCGGAUACGAACAACAAUAGCAGUAGCGGAAGCACUACCAGUGGCAGUGAUGAGGCGGCCAAAAAGGACGAGAAGUACUCCCUCCGGCAGCGACAGUCCCGGAGGUCGACACAAACGACGAAGCAGCAGGAGAAAAAAAGUUCCGCGAAGGAGAAACCCAAAACCAAGGCUGCCCCACUAAGCAAGUACCGCCGGAAAACGGCAAAUGCGAGGGAGCGAACGCGAAUGCGGGAAAUUAAUAGUGCCUUCGAAACUCUACGCAAAGCGGUUCCAGUCGCAGUGGCGGGUACAAGUGGAAAUAGUUCCCCGGUGAGCUCCCCCAGUCAGACUGGUGGUGCUGGUGCAAACGAGAAACUCACAAAGAUCACCACGCUACGCCUAGCGAUGAAAUACAUACGGAUAUUGCGCGAUAUUUUGGACAACACCGAUAGCAGUUUAAUGAUGGACAACAACAACGAUAUGGAUAUGAUCAAUCACAACGAAAUCGAACGGGAAGUGAUGCUAAAAGGUGCGCUUCUUAACGAAGCAUUGUUCAACGCUGUGAGUCCACAAUCGGUGAGACACGUGGAGAAAAGUCCGCCCAGGAAAUCGAACGCUUCGAGUAGUGCAUCGACGAGUAAACGAAAACCCAAAAAGGCUAGCAAAUCAACGACCGCCAAGAAAAAUUCUUCCACUCGCUCCAAACGAGCGAAGAGUAAACAAGAGGACAAAUCACUCAAUCUGGAUCCGGCAGACGAUCUGGUAGAUUUGGGAAUGAUGCUGGACUCCGAUAAUGAUUCGCUGAAUUUGUCGGAACCCUCCCUAAGCCCGCUGCAAUCGAGCGGGAUGAAGCAAACCUUCAACAGCUGCAACACCACCAGUGCACCGAACGAUUUGGAGUUCGGUCUAUUCCUCGAAUCGGAUGCAGAUUCGCUGCAACUAUCCGAACCAUGCCUGAGUCCGCUGAGCCACCUGGACUCGCUUAAUCCCUUCAAUGAUCUGCUACACACAGGAUUCAACGAACAGACUGCACUUGAGUUAUACUUAUAACAGUAUCCUUCCUUUUAUUAUCAAAGAUCACAAAACAAAAAUUGGCAUCCACAAACA